AUGUCUUCCCAUUCGUGGACGUUCAAGGGUGCGACAACACUUGACCGAGAAAAGGCUCAAAUGGCACUACAGGAAGCCAAUAUUGGGCCUUCCUUACCCGCGGGUACUGGACCACCCAAGACGAUCAUCGGACCCAGUCUACCUCCUCCAAACCUUCUCCCAUCCUCUUCCUCCUCGACCCUUGCCGAAUACCACUACAAGCCAGACCAAGAGCAUGACUCCAAGACCCAGGAAACUAUCGCUCGCAAGAACGAGGCGAAGAGAAAGCGGGCCGAGGAGAAGGAAGAAGAGGUCGCUAAUCGGGCCUCGGGCAAAGACAGAUUACUCGAGAAACGGAAGGAGAAAAGAGACGCUCAGAGCGAGUAUCAGCGCCAAAGGCGGCCCCGAACUCGACGAUCGUAA